CCAGCCGGCAGCCCCAGCACACACAGCUCUCGUGCCCACCUCGCCUCGCUGGCACUGCUGCAUCUCGCGCCUGCUGCCUCACCCCCACCCACCAGCCCUCGCCAUCCUCCUGCCUGGCUCGUCUGUCCGUCGCUCCGGGCAUCCUUCACCCGCCGUCUGUAUCUGUGCAUCCUUCUGCUCGCUCUGUCUUGUGGUCCGUCUGUCUGUUCAUCCACCCAUUAUUUCUCCGCCUGUCGGUCCGUCCCUCUCCCCCUGGGUGUGUCCAUCUGGUCUGUUCAGCUCAUCUCACAUCUGUCUGUCCAUCUGUCUGUUUGUCCGGCCCUGCCGCCCUUCCUUCAUCUAUCUGCCCACCCUGUCGUUCAUUGUCUCUGUCCGUCUGUCCAUCUAUCUAUCCGUCUGUUCAUACAUCCCUCUGUUUAUCCAUCCAGCCGUCCAUCCACCCAUCCGUUCGUGCCUCCUUGCCUGCUCGUUGGUGGCUCCAUCUGCCUGUGUGUGGGGGUCACCCGCCGGGCUGUGGGGCGUGGGACCAUGGCACUGGUGGGGUCCCCACCCGAGCUGGACUGCCGGGCCAAGCCGCUGUUCUGCCGCAAAGGGGCGCUGCGCCAGAAGGUCGUGCAUGAGGUCAAGAGCCACAAGUUCACAGCCCGGUUCUUCAAGCAGCCCACGUUCUGCAGCCACUGCACCGAUUUCAUCUGGGGCAUCGGGAAGCAGGGCCUGCAGUGUCUGGUCUGCAGCUUCGUGGUCCACAAACGCUGUCAUGAGUUCGUCACCUUUGAAUGCCCUGGUGCCGGGAAGGGACCCCAGACAGAUGACCCCCGGAACAAGCACAAGUUCAAGAUCCACAGCUACAGCAGCCCGACCUUCUGCGACCACUGUGGGUCGCUGCUCUACGGGCUGGUCCACCAGGGCAUGAAGUGCUCCUGCUGCGAGAUGAAUGUGCACAAGCGCUGUGUGCAAAGCGUGCCCAGCCUGUGCGGUGUGGAUCACACAGAGCGGCGUGGGCGCCUGCAGCUCGACAUCGAGACCCUCAGUGGGGAUGAGAUCCGCGUCACUGUGGGUGAAGCCCGGAACCUGAUCCCCAUGGACCCCAAUGGGCUGUCGGACCCCUAUGUGAAGCUAAAGCUGAUCCCAGACCCCAAGAAUGUGAGCAAGCAGAAAACCCGCACCGUGAAGGCCACGCUCAACCCUGUGUGGAACGAAUCCUUCAUCUUCACCCUGCGGCCAGGUGAUGUGGACCGGCGCCUGUCCAUUGAGGUGUGGGACUGGGACCGGACCUCGCGCAAUGACUUUAUGGGCGCCAUGUCCUUUGGGGUGUCAGAGCUUCUCAAGGGCCAUGUGGAUGGAUGGUACAAGUUACUCAACCAGGAGGAAGGGGAGUAUUACAAUGUCCCCGUGGCAGACGCUGAAAACUGUGGGCUGCUGCAGAAGUUUGAGGCCUGUAACUAUCCCUUGGAGCUGUACGAGAGGGUGCGUCGUGGCCCCGGUCCCUCGUCCAGUCUGAGCCCCAGCCCCACUGAUUCCAAGCGCAUCACCUUCUUUGGCAGCAGCCGCUUUCACAUCUCCGACUUCAACUUCCUCAUGGUGCUGGGCAAGGGCAGUUUUGGCAAGGUGAUGCUGGCUGAGCGCCGGGGCACAGAGGAGCUCUAUGCCAUCAAGAUCCUGAAGAAGGAUGUGAUCAUCCAGGACGAUGAUGUGGAGUGCACCAUGGUGGAGCGGCGGGUGCUGGCCCUGGGUGAGCGCCCCCACUUCCUCACCCAGCUUCACUCCACCUUCCAGACCACGGACCGUCUCUACUUUGUGAUGGAGUAUGUCAAUGGUGGAGACCUCAUGUACCACAUUCAGCAGGUCGGGAAGUUCAAGGAGCCCCAUGCCAUGUUCUAUGCGGCGGAGAUCGCCAUAGGGCUCUUUUUCCUGCACAACAAGGGCAUCAUCUACAGGGACCUGAAGCUGGACAAUGUGAUGCUGGAUGCCGAGGGGCACAUCAAAAUCACAGAUUUUGGGAUGUGCAAAGAGAACAUCUUCCCCGGGGUUACCACCCGAACCUUCUGUGGCACCCCUGACUACAUUGCCCCAGAGAUCAUUGCCUACCAACCCUACGGGAAGUCAGUGGACUGGUGGUCCUUUGGGGUGCUGCUCUACGAGAUGCUGGCUGGGCAGCCGCCGUUUGAUGGUGAAGACGAGGACGAGUUGUUCCAGUCCAUCAUGGAGCACACCGUGUCCUACCCCAAGUCCCUGUCCCGUGAGGCCGUCUCCAUCUGCAAGGGGUUCCUGACGAAGCACCCCCUGAAGCGGCUGGGCACAGGGCCCUCAGGGGAGCAGGACAUCCGGGAGCAUGGCUUCUUCCGUUGGCUGGACUGGGAGCGCCUGGAGCGGCUUGAGAUCCCACCCCCCUUCACACCCCGCCCUUGUGGGAAGAAUGGCGAGAACUUUGACAAGUUUUUCACACGGGCGGUGCCAGCACUGACGCCCCCUGACCAGCUGGUGCUGGCAGGGCUGGACCAGACCGAGUUUGAGGGCUUCAGCUACAUUAACCCCGACUUCAUGCACCCCUCGCUGCGCUCCCCCAGUUCCCCCAUCUCACCUGUCUCCCUGGUGUGACCCUCCCGGCCCCACCCUGGCCCACCCGCCUGCCUCCAGCUGACCCUGCCUGCACUGUGCAUGCCCAAAUGCAGCUGCCUCUGGUGGGGGGCAUGUUGGGGGCCUCUUGAAGAGCUGCACACAAGCAAUGCUCAGGGCUGCCUGGCCUCAGCUAGAAUCAGCUUCUCUGCUUGACCCUGGUGGGUGGGGGGUGCAAGGAUGGGAAUGUGGGGCCCUGUGUCCCUGCCCCCAGCCCCAGCAUGGCACCCCCCUGCUGAGCCCACCCCUCCAGCACAGUGCCCCCAGUGCCGGGGCCUGAGGGUAAUGCCGCCUGCUAUGCCCUGUCCUCCAUGGCUUUGGCAACACCUGACCUAGGGGAUGCUGGUCAUCUGGGGUCAGCCCCUGCCUCCUCUGCCCUCCUCUCUUCCCAUCAGGCCCCACAACCCCACACUUCUGCUCUGGCUAAAUGGAUGCUUUGAGCUACUGCUGCAGCGGGGGCUGGUUGCACCCUCUGACCCCGCAUCCCUGGGUUCCACCACAGCUGUGAAUCCAGAGUCCUGAGGAAUCCCCUGGGCUGGGGAAGACUGCCUCCUGCUCCCAGCCCUCCACACCCCAAACCUCAGGGCUCAUUUGGAUGAGCUGAAGGGACCCUUGUGGGUUGUAGAUCCAUUAAGGGGGGGGGAGGGGCAGGAUCCCUGGGUUUUCUCCAGGCUUGGUGGGGUGUGGGGUCUGGUUAGAGAGUGGGGCUGGGAGACAGGGCACUUUUGUUCUUCAGUGCCAGUGCUAGCAAUAGAACCCAGGUGUCCAGCCCCACCCCCACUGCAGUGUCACAGGACCCCCUGGGGGCUGCAUGUCCAGCUGUAAGCUGAGCCCCAUCCUGCCCCAUGAAGAAGUCCCCCAGAGUCCACCCUUUCCUUCCCCGCUGUUUCCAGCUACCGCACCGCGUUGUAAAGACCCUGAUGGUCAACGCACUUCAGGAUAAAAGAUUUGCCAACCA